AUGGUCAUCGACGAGAUCUCCAUCUACAACAGAAUUUUAGGCCGACCCUGGAUCAACAAGAUUGAGGCUAUCACAUCUGCCCUACACCAGAAGAUCCGCUACCCCAUCCCUAGGGGCGGAAUCGGGCAGAUCAACAGUGACCAAGCCAUGACUAGGAGAUGCACAGCCCAAGGGCUCAAGAAGAGCAAACAGUUGCAGUUCACACCAGUAAUUCAAGCUGUCAAUGAGGCAGGAAGCUCUCCUAGCAGACAAGCAAGCUCGAACAAGAAGGGAGUUACUACCUCGCAGAUUGCCCGGAUGAGGAAGUCCACUGCUUUGGAGAGCUUGAUGAGAUUUUGUGAUGCAAUGAAAACUUUGUACACCAAGGACUACCUGCGCAGACCUACGCCCAGGGACCUACAACGGCUUCUAUAA